GUCCCGGUGUUAUUGUGUAAGUCAUGGAUGGUGGAGUUGAACGGGUUGAGUUUAUGACUGCAAGGACAUACAGCAAACGCAGACGUUUAAUUGAUUUAGCAGCACUAACGUUCAUCUGAGGGGAUACUUAUUCAAGCACGCACUCGAAAGACUAGAAGAAUCUCAGUGACAUUUGAAACAGAUAUUCUUUGUGUGGGUCCAUCAUCAUCAUCAUCAUGGUGGAGAUGAAGAGUUACUGUGAAGCGGGGGUCUCCAUGCAGCAGGUCUGGGUGGAGGGUGGUCUGACUCUGUGCUUCUACUUCACCCUAGUGUCAUCCGUCCUCCUCACCCUCUCCUUCCUCUUUGGCACGUUUCUGUGCAUAUGCUACAGCCGUUACGGCACAGCCAUGGAGCCCAAGUUCAUCCCUCGCUCUCGACUCUACUGGCUCCAGGUGGGCCUGUCGGUGCUGCUCGUCCUGCAGGCUCUGGGCUGGAUGGUUUUUCGAAUCGCUCGCAGCGGAGAGCUGCCGGGAUACGUGGUUGUGUACGGCUGUCUCUCCAUGCUGGGCUGGAUUUGGGCCGUGGCCCUGCUGCGUCUGGAGAGGAGGAGGGUUCUGGUGCGGGACAGAACCAGAGGUCACAGUACGGUACUGUUGCUGUACUGGGCUGUAGCGUUUGCUGCCGAAAGCCUGGCGUUUGUGUCGUGGAUGAGCCCUCAGUGGUGGUGGACUCUGGAAACGUCCGAUCAACAGAUGGAGUUUGCUUUCUGGCUGGUGCGGUACUUCAGCUCAGGUCUGCUGUUCCUGUUAGGCCUCAAAGCUCCAGGCUUGCCACGCCGACCGUACAUGCUUCUGGUCAAUGAAGACGAGCGAGAUGUGGAGCACGGAGCACUUCUUUUAGGUAAUUCUAAUGAGAAUCAGUCUACAUGGAAAGAUUUUGGGAAGAAGGUGCGUCUGUUGGUGCCGUACAUGUGGCCUAAAGGCAGCGUCCUGCUCCAGCUGCUGGUUCUGCUUUGUCUCGGGAUGCUGGGAGUGGAGCGCGUCAUUAAUGUGUUUGUGCCCAUCUACUACAGGAACAUAGUGAACCAGCUGACAGAUGGGAGCUCCUGGAAGACUCUGGCGACUACAGUGUGUGUUUAUGGGCUUCUGAAGUUCCUGCAGGGAGGUGGAGCUGGAGCGUCUGGGUUUGUAAGUAACAUGCGUUCGUUCCUGUGGAUUCGAGUGCAGCAGUACACUAACCGCGUGGUCCAGGUGCGUCUCUUCGCUCAUCUGCACUCUCUGUCUCUGUCCUGGCACCUGGGCCGCCGCACAGGGGAUGUCCUGAGAAGCAUCGACAGAGGAACUUCAUCCAUCAACAGCCUGCUGAGCUACAUCGUGUUCAGCAUCUUCCCCACUAUCGCUGACAUUGUCAUCGCCAUUGUCUAUUUCAUAUCCAAUUUCAAUGCCUGGUUUGGCCUCAUAGUCUUCGUUUGCAUGGCCCUCUACCUCACUCUCACUAUUGUUAUCACUGAAUGGAGAACCAAAUACAGACGAGAUAUGAACACACAAGAUAACAAUGCCAAAUCGAAAGCUGUGGACUCUUUAUUGAACUUUGAGACGGUGAAAUAUUACAAUGCAGAGAGUUAUGAAGUGGGUCACUUUGAGAAUGCCAUCCUGAAAUAUCAGGUAUCGGAGUGGAAGACCAACGCAUCUCUGGCACUCUUAAAUCAAACGCAGAACCUCAUUAUCGGCUUGGGUCUUCUGACCGGAUCUCUGCUCUGUGCGUACUUCGUGACAGAGGGAAAGUUUCAGGUAGGAGAUUAUGUGCUGUUUGGGACGUACAUCAUCCAGCUCUACACUCCUCUCAACUGGUUUGGAACAUACUACAGAAUGAUCCAGAAUUCCUUUAUUGAUAUGGAAAGCAUGUUCAAGCUCUUCACUGAGGAAGAGGAGGUGAAGGAUGACGUCAACGCAGGAAACCUCGACUACAGACAGGGACAAGUAGAGUUUGAGAAUGUCUUCUUCAGCUACAUGCAAGGCAAGGAGAUUCUAAAAGACAUCUCUUUUACCGUUCUCCCUGGACAAACAGUUGCACUUGUCGGACAGUCUGGAUCAGGAAAGAGCACCAUCAUCCGUCUGCUUUUCCGUUUUUAUGACGUUCAGGGCGGGUGUGUAAAAAUAGAUGGCCAAGAUAUCUCAAAGGUGAAGCAGGCCUCUCUGCGUGCUCACAUUGGCGUCGUACCUCAAGAUACCGUCCUGUUUAAUGACAGCAUUCGACAUAACAUCCGCUACGGUCGAGUUACUGCUUCUGACCAGGAGGUGGAGGAGGCUGCCAUCGCUGCUGACAUCCAUGAAAAAAUCAUAACCUUCCCGGAGGGCUAUGACACUCAGGUGGGUGAGAGGGGACUAAAGUUGAGCGGAGGAGAGAAGCAGAGAGUCGCCAUCGCUCGCACCAUCCUCAAAGCGCCACAGAUCAUCCUCCUCGACGAGGCCACAUCUGCUCUAGACACACAGACCGAGCGAAAUAUUCAGGCCUCACUAGCUAAAGUCUGUGCCAACAGAACCACCAUUGUGGUGGCACACAGAUUGUCGACUGUGAUUGGAGCCGAUGUGAUUCUUGUACUUCGUGAUGGACAGAUUGUGGAGAGAGGAAGGCAUGACGAGCUGUUGGCGAAGGGAGGCCUGUACUCUGACAUGUGGCUAAAACAGCAGCAGGCGCAGGAUUCAGACUCGGCCUCUGACACCGAGACCAAAGACAGGAAAUCUGAGAAACUACAGCCACAAACAUCCACUGCAGGACAUAAGGGACAUUAGGAGCACGAGACAUGCAAUCAGAUCUGGUUUUGUGUGCAUUUUAAGCUCGUCCAAUGCUGUUUUGACAUAUUAGAAUGAUAAUUAUUUAGUAUCAUAUAUUGUUUUCGCCAGUUCUUAAAAGUGAUCCAUGUUGCCUAAGGAUUUAUUUAUUUAUGAGAUAUUUAAGUCCUUUUUUAUAUUGCUUUUGCAAUUACUUUUCACUCAUUGCAUUUAUAAUGCUUAUUAAUAUGAGAGAAGACUGACCGAGUAUUAAAUAAUGCUCUGACAAUUAUGGCUCCUUCCACUACUAUAACUUAAUUAUGUUGAAUGUACAGUGGGGGAUAUUUUAUUUUAAUCAGUCAGUGGAUUUCUCUGGUUGCAUUGAUUUUCUUUGUAAUAGCGAACAUUCGGCAACUGAUUGUAAUUGUAUAUAUGAUCUACAUCAGAACAAAUUGUAAUUUUAUUUGAAAAUGAAUAAUUAUAUCUCUGGUGCCAUUGUAUAGCAGUAAAUACCAAUAUAUGACUUUCUAUACAGACUAAGAUUAAGUUUAAAUUUAGGACUAGGUUAUAGGCGGGGGCGGGGGAUCAUUUCCUCAAUUUUCAUGUUAAUUUCUGAUAUAUUAUGUGCACACUUUUUUAGGUUAUGAUCAUCUGUGUGCUUGAAGAUCAUUUUGUUAUACUGUGUGUGUGGAGUGAGAUUUAUUGCUUAGAUGCAAUACUGUACAACUUCAGUUCAAUUUAAGGGACAUUGGAGCUUGCUCGCUUUGUAGGACUGACACUAAACUCAGGGGACAAGGUUGAAAUGAGCCAUUGGGGUGUGUUUUUGCUGUACUAUGUAGCUUUGUAGUAGUUUUUUAAUGAUUAUUCAAAGAACGGGUGGAGAAAUAGCAACUGACAUAAUAUGACAGUCGUAACAGGAUGGAUAAAGAUUUUUGUAUGUAUUUUAUUGUGCAAUAAAGGCAACUGAGGGAAUAUGUUCUUUGUGAUUAUUGAUCACAUUGUUCUUUGCGUAAAAUAUUGUAUGUACAUUAAAAUGCCAUACGUAUUUCCUUUAUAUUUUGUUUAGAAAUAAAAAUACAUGAAAUAAUA